UCGGUGACGUCAUCUGAAAGCGCCCCGGACUCACAAAAGUGGGAGAUUCGAAGUGGCCGCAGCAAAACAAUGCGGAUUUGAGCUUUGUCCACCUUUUUCUUAACAUGUGAUACAUUAGCGCGACACAUUGGAGACUCGUCACAACCGCUAUUGAUGGCCACCCCGAGCAAGACGCCACCUGGCGCUGACCCGAAGCAGCUGGAGCGGACCGGGACGGUUCGUGAGAUCGGCUCCCAGGCGGUGUGGUCCCUCUCCUCCUGUAAACCCGGUUUCGGAGUGGAUCAGCUGAGGGACGACAACCUGGAGACCUACUGGCAGUCAGACGGAUCGCAGCCUCAUUUAGUCAACAUACAGUUCAGGUAACACGGUCCUGCUGGUACUGGGAGUACUGGGAGUACUGGGUGUUUACGCUUCACAUGAUGUGCUCUGUUCUCACCAUCGUCCUCCUCCUCUUCCUCUCUGCAGCAGUUAGAGAUGGUGGAGCCCAGCGGGUGGAUCCACAUCUCUCUGAUGAAUCAGCGGACAAACGAGCCCAUCAGCACCUUCAUGAUCCAGAUCGCGGUGCUCGCCAACCACCAGAACGGCAGAGACACGCACAUGCGUCAGAUCAAAGUCUACACACCUGUGGAGGAGAGCUCCAUCGGGAAGUUCCCACGAUGCACCACGGUCGACUUCAUGAUGUACCGCACCAUCAGGUGAUCGGGAGCGAAAAGUGACCUUCUGUGGACGAGGCCGACACGAGACGAGAGGGAGAGAGACACAAUUAAAAACUCAUGAUGCAGAUUGAUUGAUGGUUGCCCUGCUUAUCAUUGAAGUCUUUGUAAACGUGGCUUUUUAACGAACAGUACAGAUGUUUUAAAUUACAGUGCAAGUAUUAAAUAUUACCACAUUUAAAGUUAGUGAAAAUAUAAGUUUGUAUGUUGUGAUGUGAAGAAUGGAAAGAAACAAACUCCCUCUGUGAUGUUUUCUAAAGGUUCAGCAACAUGUGCUCCGGCUGCACACGGCCCCACACACUGAAGAAUCUUAAGUGAAUAAGUUUAUUUUUAUCUUGGCGCAGGAGCCAGACGGAGUUUAUCUAGAAGCCAAAAUGUUUUCACGCAGUUCAAACCCAAACUGCUGCUGUGCCUACAGACCGUCUCCUGUUGUGGUUCUGUUUGUGAACAUUGAAUUAAACGUGUUUUAACGCAA